UGGUCCUGCUCCCGCUGAGUUUGUGGCUGACCGACUAAGAGGAGCCGUGUAAGAUAAGGAAGGAAGAGAGAGAGAGAAGAGAGAGAAUAUUCUCUCUUUGUUUUCUUUGAUCGAGUCCCCAGUUAGACAUAUAGAGAGAGUGAGAUAUAUGAUGCAGAUUCAAGAAUUUGUUCUUGAAUCUGUCUGGUUUAGAAGUUUGCAUCAGCUCAAGCUUUUGUAGCUGCUCUUGCUUAGAUACGGUUGGUCACUGUUUGAGCUUUUUGGCAACCUUCCUUUCACUUUUCGGCAAUCUGAGUUCUGAGCAAAUGAUGUCUGGAGAUGGUCUCUACCUUCCCUCCACAAUCAGUGGGUUUGUUCGUCAAGAACCCAGCUCGCUCACAAACCCUAACCCUAGCCCAAACCCCUGCAAGAAGAAGAGAAGCUUACCGGGAACACCAGACCCAGAUGCUGAAGUGAUUGCUCUAUCGCCGAAGUCGCUCAUGGCGACCAACCGGUUCGUCUGCGACAUAUGCAACAAGGGCUUCCAGAGAGACCAGAACUUGCAGCUCCACAGGAGAGGGCACAACCUCCCCUGGAAGCUCAAGCAGAGGGCGAACAAGGAGCUGAUCCGGAGGAAAGUGUACAUAUGCCCGGAGGAGACGUGCGUGCACCACGAUCCGUCGAGGGCGCUCGGCGAUCUGACCGGGAUCAAGAAGCACUACAGCAGGAAGCACGGGGAGAAGAAGUGGAAGUGCGAGAAGUGCUCGAAGAAGUACGCGGUUCAGUCGGAUUGGAAGGCUCAUAGCAAGAUUUGUGGGACUAGAGAGUAUAAAUGCGACUGUGGAACCCUCUUUUCAAGGAAAGAUAGCUUUAUCACCCACAGAGCCUUCUGCGACGCUUUGACAGAAGAAGGCGCGCGUUUUACUUCCCUUGCGAAUACUAAUCUCGACUCCGGCAAUGAGUCACUCAAUGGGACCAUGACCAGCAACAUUGCCGGUGCCGAAAACACUCCAAUUCCGAUGCCGGAUCAAUUUGAUGGCCAAAGGUCAUCAAGCCAGGUUCCGAUUUGGAUGAACCAUUUCGACCCUAAUAUGAACCCUCUUGGCCUAAUGGCGAGCGGCCGCGAUUCAUACUUGACCGCCCCGAGCUCCGGGAGCUUAUUGCCUGAUUUGGUUCAAGCAUCACAAGUGCCCAUUGGCAUGCUCAAGAACUACCCAACAGCACCAGCGUCACUAGAAGCAUCUCCGAUAAAACAAGAAGAGAGCAUCAAGGCCAACAUGUCAGAUCAGGCGAUUGGGUCUUUGUACUCUAAUAAUCACCCGAGUCACCGAGCAAGCACAGGUCACAUGUCAGCAACUGCUCUCCUGCAAAAGGCAGCCCAACUGGGAUCGAUCAGAAGCAACAAUCCAGCACCAUUUUUGGUCAAUAACAGUACUGUGUUCGGGUCCACGAGAUCAUCAUCUUCGUCCUCAUCAUUAUUCCCAUCAUCACCGCCAUCUGCAGCUCCCGACCUCAACCCCUACACUCCGCGAACCAGGAACAGUUCUCAUAUGUUUUUCAGACAGUACCCAUUAGGUCAAGUUGAGAACAGCACAGGGCAAGCAGAGAGCCAGAAGCUCCUCGCAAGUCCAGCUGGAGUUGAGAACAGCUUCACCAGAGAUUUUCUAGGGGUGGGGAGCGAAAGCAGCCCGUUCUUGAUGCAGCAGGAGCUCAACAGGUUCUCUUCUUCGGUGGGUUCUUCCAUGGAAGAAGCAGGCGGGCCUGCGGAAUUCACGUGAGAGACGAAGCUUGACCCAUUAGUAGGUAUUUGUCGUUUCUUGUCGUGACGCUAGAUAAAGUUUGCUCCUUCAAAUUCAAAGCGAACUCAAGAACGAAAGCAUCGUCGGAGAGUUGCCAUCUGUGAAAGAGAUCAGUCAAACUCAUCGUUGCUGCGCCAAGCCCAGAGGAGAGAGGGAGAGAGGGAGAGAGAGAGAGACAUUGAAUGCUGGAAUCGACCAAACGAGACGCUGACUUGGCUGGCUCAUAAAACGGUGGGGCCCAAACCACUUAAAUUCAUUUUCUACAAUAGAAAUGGUAGAUUCUC